AGAAAAAUUGUAAGCUAUAUUAAUAAUGGAUAAUAUAAAUUAUAAUAUAAUACGGUGCUAUCUUUGCCGUAAAAAAAUAAAUGAAAAGCAAAAUAUAUUGGUCGAUAAAACUCUAUGUCCUUCAUCGAAAAAGUCCAUUAGGGAUGUAUUUAAUUAUUUAGCUCGCUGCAUAAAUGCCGAAAUAUUUAUAUCUCAUGGCGAGAGCCUUUGUAGCACCUGCUACAACCAAAUUGUUGGAUAUGAUAGAACCGUAGUGAAAGUUAUACAACAACAAAAGUGCCUUGCUAAGCUCGUAGAAAAGGCGGCUACAAAUAUUGAUUCUGACUAUGAGGAGCAAUUCUUUGAAGAUGCGAAUUCGUUCACUGAAGAAUACUUUUUUAGUAAUAUUGAAAUAUCUGACAAUGAGAUAGAUGAAAUAAUGAAAGAAGCAAUGUCAACUCCUCACAAUACUAAACCGGCAAAAGCUUCUAAAAACACUCGCGAAACAAAAGUUGUGCAAGAAGUCAUGCAAUGUAAUUUUUGCCCCAUAGGUUUUAAAAGCAAAGUACGACUUCAGAAACACAUGUCCCAGGCACACAAAAAGUAUAGGUGCACGCUCUGCAGUUAUACACACAGAAAUGAAGACUAUGUAAUGCUUCACAUGAACACACAUGAAGGACGUAACGAAAACCAGUGUCGUUUUUGUUUCAAAGAAUUUACUACAAAAAUUAGUGCAAUUCGUCAUAUGGAGGUGCAUCUUAACUCGAAAAAAUAUCAAUGCGACAAAUGUGGUCUUUGUUUUUCACAAACAACGGUGUUGUAUAAUCAUAAAUUACAACAUGAAGCUGAGGAGCAACCAUUGCGUUGUGAAAAAUGUAAUCAAAUAUUUAAAACAAAACGUACUUAUACUCACCAUAUGAUAACGCAUCGUGCCGACCGCCCGCGUUACAGUUGCGACAUCUGUUCUAAGACAUUUACAGAAAAAUAUACUCUAAAAGUUCAUAAACGUUCCCAUCAUAGUCAAAAUAUAGAACAACUUAAUGCUGAAGCAUCUCAUACAGAACCAGAAUCUAAAUUUCGAUGUGUUAUAUGUGAUCAAGCGUUUAUUAACAAAGAUGGCUUGAACAAGCAUAUGGAAAAAGAACAUGAUGUUAUCGUGAAAUCACUAACGCUUUCAAAUUUCACACAAUAUGAAAUUUGUUCAAAUGAACCAAAAAAACACUGCCAAAUUUGCGGGCAUAUAUUUAGUACACAAUUGAAUUUAGACCAUCACUUAAAAAAUGUUCAUUAGCGUAUAUGCACAAAGUUAUUUCUGCAUUGUUGAAUACUAGAUUAGAAACGUAGCAAUUAAAAUAAUGUAAUAUAUUAUAAGAACCGUAUGACUUAAUUCAACAGACAGCUGAAUUUAGCAAAAAUCUUCAUUUUUUUUAGAAAGGAAAAUUAGUAUAUGAAAUUAAACGUAUUUCAACUACAGCUAU